CCAGGAAGCCCUGUAGUAUGGUGGGAAGGCAAGCUGUUGAGUGUUGAGUACAUUAUUGGCACAGGUAAUAUGGAUGUAUGUUCUCGAUAAUGUGAUAGAUUUUGAAACAUUUUUGGGAGAUUUACACAAGAGAUCGAAGUGUUGGACUACAUAAGGCGACAGUAACACAAGGUUGAGGUGUAAUGUGUCCAAGAAGUCAUGGCCGUUGCGUUUUCAUUUAACGGAUAAUAAUUAUCAGCCUUUUUAAACAAAGACGCUACAUAACAAAUUUUUUUUUUUUUUAGUAUUUCAAUCGAAAAGAAGUUUGGUGACUGUUUUGUAAUAACUUGUAAAGCUCGCGGACUACUUUGUCACGAGCACAAAAAAAUAGCGUGACCUCUUCAGUCCCCCUCCAAACACGACUCUUCUCAUCUACUAAUCUAAACCUUUCUUUCUUCACCCUCCUCUCCACGCCAACUUCAAUAUUCACAACACAAAAACGUGUGGGAAAAACAACAGCAUCCCAUCCCAUCCAUCCGCAAAUCAAGAAGGAGGUGGCGGGCCCACACCCACACAACAUGCAUGUUUUUUUGAACAGAAAGUUAAAUCGAAACGAAACAAACAAAAAGAGAAAGAGCGAGAAAAAAAAAAAAAGAAAAAAACUCGUGGGCCUAAUUAAAUCCCAAUCCGCAGUUCAAAGAAAGAACGUGCCUCUCACCUCCUCCCUUCAACCUACUAGCUCUCUGCCCUUUGCUUUACAUAUAUAAAAAUCCCCCUUCCUCUUCCUUCCUCCAUCCAAAUUCCCAUCCAUCUACAAAGAAGAAAAAAAAUCCAUCUCCAUAACAAUCGAACAAGGAAGGAAGAAGGAACAGUGGUGAAGAAAUUGCUGAUGUCUCCGCCGCCGGCGUCGGAGAAGUCCACUUUUGCACAGACCUGCAAUCUCCUCAGCCAGUACUUGAAGGCCGGGAAGGCCAACCUGGGGGAUAUCGGCCUCGCCGCUAAGCUCGAUCAUCAUCAGCCUCCUGUUAAUCACAACAAAUCAUCAGUUGCUGCUGCGCCGACCACGACGCUGGACCUUCUGCCUGGCAUCGGGAGCUCCUCCCCCAAUCGGGAGGCGGAGAGCAGCGAAGGGAAGCCGUCGCCAUCGCCGUUGCCUCGGUUCGCCGGGUAUGGAUCUACGGCGGCUGCCGGAGGAGGAGGAGGAGGAGGGGCUCAGAUGACGAUUUUCUACGGCGGGAAGGUGAUCGUGUUCAAUGAUUUCCCGGCGGAGAAGGCCAAGGAGAUUAUGGGCUUGGUUUCCGAGCAGCAGGGGAUAAUUACUAACAACAAUUCCCGCGAGGAGCAGAUUCACAAUAACGCGGCGCCGGCGGCGGUGGCUUCCUCUUCUUCGUCCCCGAACGACGGGCAAAUAGAGCAACCGAUUUCCCACUUCCGGCCGCCGCAGCCUCGGCCGAUGGGGUCGGACCUGCCGAUUGCCAGGAGAGCUUCUCUUCACCGCUUCUUGGAGAAGAGAAAGGACAGGGUUACAUCGAGAGGGCCGUAUCAUCAACUCGAGUCACCCAAGCCUGCUGACCAUGGAAACAACAACCCAUGGUUUGACCGGCAGAUGAGCCAAUCGGCUAAACAGCUGGAGCUUAGCUUGUAGGGUUUCCCUUAAUUACUCGAUUAAUCCUGAUGAUUAAUUAGAGCUUUUGGAUUGAUUAGAUGUUCUAAUUGGCUGUUAAUCUAUCUACUUUUUUAUUUUAUUUUUUACUUCUACGUAUAUACAUUUUUGUACAUCGAAUCCAACUCCAAAGCCUUGGAAGUUGAUCUGCUACUAUUAUAUAUACAAAUCAUCUCGGCACCUUUCUUACUAAUUAUGGAGUAUGAUUCGGCUACAAGCAAGUAAUCUAAUGUCACGUCUAAGAUCAUAAUCAUGGAGCAUUCUCUGUAUCUAACGAUGUAUUAUUUUUUUCAACGAUGAAAGAGAAAGUUUGGGAAGGUCGUAAAGAUGAACCAUUUAAAACAUGUUUUCGUGAAAGCAUAUAAUAAUUUAUUUUGAGUUAUGCUUUUACUAUACUAAUGAAAGCUACUCCCCACCAACUCAGACCGGCGUCGACACUUAAAAACACUUAAAAUAAAUAAAUGCGUUCUUUUGGG